GCUUUACUAAAAUCUGUCCCGGCGGGGAGGCGAUUGCAGCCCCUUCCCCUCCUUCCUUUCCCCGCCGCCUCGCUGCAGGGACCUGGUGGAAGCUGGAGGCGGGGGGGAUGACUUUGAACUUCCAGACCCCCCCAGCCCUGGCUGCAGCCGUGGUUAUGGACGGGCAGAGCCCCCGCAGGUUUUAAUUUGGGGUUACAGCCCCUUGUUCUCCAGUGGAACGCAGCGUUAAUCAAAAGGCUUUUAAUAACGCCCCCGGCUUUGCUUUAAAUAAGGAACCCGUGCAGCUUGCUUUGUUAUUUCAGCCACUUUGGUGUCUCAGAGUUUCUUUAGCUUUAAUUUCCGUGGCGAUAACAGUUUGUAAAGUGAAAUACAUGACCGGGCCAACUGCUGCUGUAUGAAGGAGGUUCGUUUUCUAGAACCUAAUUAAAAGCACCUCGCUGUGCUCCCGUUUCUGUCGAGAGCCGUGUUGUUAAACCUCAAAGGAAAACGCUGGGCAGGAUCGGAGCAGGGGGUGUCGUGAUACUGGUCGCUCUGUCUGGUGAGUGAUUUGGGUGGAAAAGAGGAGUUUUCUGGUGCUCAGCGCCUGCCUCUUUUCCUCCUCUCGCAGAUUACUGCAUGAACCCACAGACGGUCCUGCUGCUCCGGGUCAUCGCUGCCUUCUGCUUCCUGGGAAUCAUCUGCAGCCUCUCGGCUUUUCUCCUCGAUGUCUUCGGACCCAAGCACCCGGCGUUAAAGAUCACUCGCCGCUACGCUUUCGCUCACAUCCUCACAGUCCUGCAGUGUGCCACCGUCAUCGGAUUCUGCUACUGGGCCUCGGAGCUGAUCCUCGCCCAACAACAGCAGCACAAAAAAUACCACGGCUCCCAAGUUUACGUCACCUUCGCCGUCAGCUUCUACCUGGUAGCGGGUGCCGGGGGAGCCUCCAUCCUCGCCACCGCCGCCAACCUGCUGCGUCACUACCCCACCGAGGAAGAGGAGCAAGCCCUGGAGCUCCUGUCCGAGAUGGAGGAGAAUGAACCUUACCCAGCCGAGUACGAAGUGAUCAACCAAUUCCAGCCGCCGCCGGCGUACACUCCCUGAUGCCGGCGCCGCGAUGCGCUCAUCGCUUUCUCCCACCCCCGAACUUCACUUUCUCGGCACCUCCUUCCCUCUUCUGAUCUCUCCUGCGCAGAGGAAAGGACUUUUCGGGUCAGAUGAUCGGCGUUUUCUUCCUAUCCCUUAUUUUAUUAACUUCACAGCGUGAUUUUUAACCCCGCGCCGGCUCGGCUGGCCGAAAUAACGACGGCGUCAUCCCCCCGGGCGGCUUCUCCCUGGCACGAGAGGUGCUGGGAUUCGCUCUCCCCCCCCAUCAGAGAUCUCUUCCCCACCCUGUGCUGGGAAAAUGGGGAGGAAAUGGCGCCAGAUUCCCAGCCCGGCACGCGGUGAACUCAUGUCCCUCCUCUGCUGAGGUGUUACGUACGCCCGGAGAAAGGUGUGACACAUGCGUGUGUGUAUAUAUUUAUAUAUAUAUAUAUAUAUAUAUAUAUAGGGAAAACACCCCCCCGGUGUGCUGGUGGGAGAGGAACAGCCCUUUAGAGCGGCUGUACAGCAGGAGGAAGAUAGAGCAACCC